CGCUUUCUGAUGUCCAGUAAUACUUUAAUACAGAGCACAUAUUCAAUUGUUAGAUGUGGAUGACAUGACAGUUUAUGGCGUUUGAUGGUGUCUGCCAAAUAGAUCUGAAUAGACAUACAUUGCUGCUGAAGUUACUUUUGUUGACUUGCACAGGAUUACUUUUUGUUUUGUAUACCGGAGCUGUUGGAUAGGUCCAAUAUGAUGUCAGACGAGUAUUUGGUGGAAUGUAACAUUAAUGACGACGAUGAGGAGGAGGAUGAAGAGGAAGAUUACGUUGUGAAGAAGAUCUACGAGUCUCCUCCUCCUCCUCCACAGUUUUCCUCAAGCACAUCAGUAGACAUCAGGGAUCCGUGCGGCAUCAACAAACACUUGAAGGUAGAGUUCAGCGAUGUUUUGGCGGAGCCCGCAUCCACACGCAGCUAUGACCGGGUGUGGGUUUACAGUGGCAUCGGCUUCGAGUCCGCGCGGCUGUGGAGUUACCGCUGCCUGAGCGCGAUCUGUGCGGUUCCGCUCUCCUGUCUCUGCGGCUGCCUGUUCGCCCUGCUGGCCUGCAUGCACAUCUGGUGUGUAAUGCCGUGUAUUCAGGUGUGCCAUUCCUGCCUGCCCUGUGUGAGGUCACUGUGGAUGAGUUUAGUAAACAUCUUCAUCGCUCCGCUCUUAACAUCUGUGGCUCACUGUUGCAGUGGAGUUUAUGUGCUUUUCUCCAAAGAGUGAACAAACACGAGGAGUUUGGGGAAGCUUGUAAAACUGUCCAUCACUUAAAAACAAACAAAACAUCAACCCUGCUUUUGUGAAGUUACAAAACAACUGUUUAAACCAUUCAAAGAAGGGGAUUACAUGUUAUUAUAUAGAUUUGUUUUUGAUAAUCUAUUACAUGUUAAAUGAUCUUUGGUACACAUUUUUGUGUGAUAAAAUUUGCAUGUGCUUUAAAGUAUGUCCAACAUGCAGAUAAUAACAGCCUCUUUUUUCAUAUGUUCUGAUUGUUUUGUUUUGCUGUUUGAUAUGUGAAAUGUUCAUUGAUUAUAUAUGAAUCCAGAUUAUUUGAAACAAACACACAUUUGUAUUGUAUCUACAAAAUUUACAAUAAACACUAAGAGGGAUUAAACACCAAAUAA